GAAACUUGGGUACGGUCGUAUGGACCCGAAAUCGAUCGAAUUCUUAAAAUGAACACGGCCCGUUACCCGAAAUUGUCACCCCUACUUGUGAAGGUGUUCAAGAGUACCCCUGUAUAUAUAUGAUAUUAAGGCUCUAGUUAGCAAUACUAAAACAAAGUCUGAGAUAUGGACACCCUUGGACAUGUAUUGGCUGUACCACUCCCAGCACAAGGCCAUGUCAUUCCAAUGAUGGAGCUUGCCAAGAAACUUGCUCGCCAUGGUUUCAAAGUUACGUUUGUAAACACCGACUUCAUCCAAACUUUACUCACUAAUUCAUCGACGAAAAAUGAGUAUUAUGGAAAUGAUGAGGAUGGGAUUCGCCAGGUCUCAAUUCCAGAUGGACUUGAACUUGGUUACACCAGGACUGAUUUUGGACGAUUAACUGAAGCGAUACGGAGAGUGAUGCCUCAAAAGCUAGCGGAGCUCAUUGAUAAGAUGAACAAUGAUGAUAUGAAGAUCAAAUGUGUUUUUGCUGAUAAUUGUAUGAGCUGGGCUUUGGGAGUAGCAAAGAAGAUGGGAAUCAAGGGAGUCGCGUUCUGUUCUUCACCAGUUACAACCCUGGCCUUGUUUUCUACUAUUCCGAAGCUGAUAAAUGAUGGAAUUAUAGACAGAAAUGACGGAAGCAUAAUAAGGCAACAACAGGCUCAUUUGUCACCCACAAUGCAAUCCAUGAGUACUGCAACGUUUCCAUGGGUAUGCUUUACUGAUAUGGCAUUGAGAGAAAGUGCUUUCAAAUAUUUUGUUACCAUAACUGAAGACUUGAAAAACGCGGACUUAGUAAUAUCCAAUUCGUCUGAUGAGCUGGAGCCUGAUACGUUUGCAUCGUUUCCAGACUUGUUGCCAGUAGGUCCACUGUCGGCAAGCAACAGGCAGGGAAAUCAGGGAGGCAAUUUUUGGCCUGAAGACAUGGCCUGCUUGCCAUGGCUUGAUCAACAACCGGCCUGCUCUGUCAUUUAUGUUGCAUUUGGAAGCUCCACAAUUCAUGAUAAAAAACAAGUGGAAGAAAUUGCUUUAGGACUUGAACUAACAGGCAGGCCUUUCCUUUGGGUUCUGCGUCCAAGUAUGUAUCAGAAAGGAAAUGAAGAAUUUGCCUUUUGUAAAGAGCAAUUGGAGCGCCGUGGCAGAGUGGUCAGUUGGGCACCCCAGGAGAAAGUUCUACGCCAUCCGUCUGUGGCCUGUUUCAUGAGCCAUUGUGGAUGGAAUUCUACGAUGGAAGGUAUAAGCAACGGAGUACCUUUCCUGUGCUGGCCCUACUUUGCUGAUCAGUUUCUCAACGAGCGCUUCAUUUGUGAGGCUUGGAGGGUUGGAUUGGGACUUGAGAAAGAUGAAAGUACUGGCAUAGUCAGGAAAGAUGAAAUACUCAACAAAAUUAAUCAGGUACUUAGUAACACUAGUUAUAAAUCAAGGGCUAUGCAUAUGAAAGAGAAGCUUGUGAAAAGCGUCAAUGAAGGUAGCUCACGCAAGAACUGGAACCAUAUCGUUGAAUGGAUCAAAAAUUGACAGGGAAGGUGAAACUGUCAAAUAAAACUUGAGACUUAUUUUAAUUUUAACAUAUUUUUCUUC